AUGCAGAAAGUGAGGUAUCCGAAGAAAACUGCUCCAAUGAGUCUUGUGGACACUGGGUUGCCGGGAAAUGGACCAAAUGUUCCUCUACGUGUGGGCAAGGAAUCAGGCGAAGAACGGUUAGUGGAGUGUCUUGGCGGAAGGGAUUGUCCAUUCACGGCGAAACCGAUUUCUGAAGCACCUUGCUACUCGGGAGUACCAUGUAUCGAUCAGAUUGCACAAAAUCCUCAAGCAUGGACUCAACUGGACAACAGAAUUGACUGGGGUGAUAGAAAGUUCCUGGACGAAUCAGCAUACAAUCCUGUUGAGAGCAAUGGCCAUUCACCAAGGUUAGUCCUGAGUUCAUGGAGUGAAUGUUCGACGACAUGUGGUCCAGGAGUGCAGACUCGCACGGCAGAAUGCAUGGCUGCACAUCCUAUUGCAGGAAUGAUUCGCCUACCGUAUUCGGAAUGUCAAUCAUGUCUCAGCAGUGCACAUACCCAAUUGUUCACUGUGAAUCCCUUGAGUUCUUUUCUAGCACAAGCACAGCCGUCACUUUUCGAACCCUGUGAAGCUCGUCCAUGUCCCCUUCAAGAAGACUCGAAAACCAAUAAUGAAGAGGUCCCGUUCAAAUGGGAAAACGGUGACUGGGGACCAUGUUCGGCCAGCUGUCUGGGAGGAAAACAAAAAGCGGCCUUGCUAUGUCGAGAAACUGCCACUGGUCGUGCUGUACCAUGGUCUCAGUGUGACGCUAGAACUCGUCCACCACAACUCGUCCGUCAAUGCAAUCAGCACGCUUGUCCACCACUCUGGCAGGUGAGCGCUUUUGGAGCUUGUUCCGUGUCUUGCGGUGGUGGUACCAGCACUCGAACCGUGAAGUGUGUCCGUCCAGUGAGUCGAAGUGGAGGCGCUGAUGCUCACAUCGUACUUCGAGAUGCUGAAUGUCCUUUGCCCAAGCCAAGUGAGACAGAAAGUUGUGGAGCCGUUGUAUGCCCAGCUAGUUGGAUCACCGGAGCCUGGACAGAAUGCUCAGCGUCAUGUGGUUCUGGAGAACAGAAACGAAGUGUGGUAUGUGAAGGAAGAGAUGCUCGUGGUCGACGAGAACGACGUCCAGAAAAGGAAUGUGGCACUGAUGAAAAACCUCCUGCUGUGCAGAUGUGCAGUCUAGGUGGGCUCAUUUGGGAAAUUGAAAGUACUUGUGGUAAACCCCAGUUGCUGACGAAUCGCGUUUUCGAGCAGAACGCAUCCGAAAGAAAGCUCACAUUAGGAAUCGGUGGAGUGGCAACGCUUUAUCAAGGAACCAGCAUCAAAAUCAAAUGCCCACGAAAGAACUUUGACAAAAAGAAGAUCUAUUGGACAAAAAAUGGCAAGCGAAUCAGGAACGACGGUGAGAAUCCCAACAAACGUUCAUAUUUGCAAGUUUUCCUUCUGAUUCUGAAAAGGGCAACAUGUCUGUGUCGGGUUGCCAAUAGGAUUAUGGGGUUUUUCUCUUUCAAACAACAGAUUGCACAUAUCAAAGUGUCAGCAAAUGGUAAUCUACGCCUAUUUCACGCUCGAAUGGAAGAUGCUGGUGUAUACGAAUGUUAUACGGAUACUUUACAAGGGAAUGUCACGCUUCGAUUCAAAUAUCGUGACGAGGAAAAGCCAAAUCGUCUCCGCCCAUCCUAUCUACAGAAAGGCCACAAAGGAAAGUACAAGAAUGCAUCACUUUUUGAGGGAACUGUGCAUUCGCUACGACCCGAUUUACCAUUACCCAAGACCUUACCCGAUUUUAUAAGCAAUCGCUUCGUCAGCACAAUUUUUAAGCAUUUCAAAGACACUUUGACUUUUCAGGCGAUCCUCUCUGCUGGAAGUUAUCCCGAAGUUGCAAGGGAACUACAAAAGCAUCGUGAUACAAUUCAAGCACGAUGGGAAAUGGGACAUUGGACAGACUGUAAACAAGCAACAUGUGGCGUUGCUGGCUAUCAGGCACGCGAGGUCACUUGCAGCGUAAUGGUAGAUGGAGCACGUCGAACAGGAGAUCCACGGCUCUGCACCGCUUUGGCUUCACCUCGACCCCCUGAGACAAGACCCUGUCACAAAGAGGAAUGCCCCCGAUGGGAUGCAAGCGAUUGGACUGAGGCCACCUUCCUGUUCCAGUGUUCAACUGCUCCCUGCCAGCGGAAUGGAGUAGCAAAACAACGUCGGCACGUAAAAUGUAUGACAGCGAAUGGGGAAGCAGUUGACGAGGAACGUUGUGACAAAACCCAAAGACCGAAAACACGCAAGGAAUGCGAAAAUCCAAGCUGUAAAGCUGAAUGGCAUGCAUCUGACUGGGGGUCUUGCUCAUCGAAUUGUGGCACAGGAGGGGUACAGCUCCGACUAUUGUCCUGUGUUUGGGCAGCAAGUCGUGCUGCAGCAGGACGAAACUGCGAUGGACGACGUCCACCAGCUGCACGUUCUUGUCCGUUGGCGGGUUCGCUUCCUCCAUGUAGUCCUACUGCCCUCCCACUACAACAGGGUAAGUUCUCUAGAAAAAAACCCUUCCCUUCUGGGAAUGAUUCUCCAACCUGCAUGAAUUUCCAUUUAAUUUCUGUUAUGCAAUCCCUUCUAGAUGAAUCUUGCGAAGACAACUCGCGCUACUCAAGCCGAGCUGCAGCAGGACGAAACUGCGAUGGACGACGUCCACCAGCUGCACGUUCUUGUCCGCUAGCGGGUUCGCUUCCUCCAUGUAGUCCUACUGCCCUUCCACUACAACAGGGUAAGUUCUCUAGAAAACAACCCCUCCCAUCUGGGAAUGAUUCGUCAACCUGCAUGAAUUUCCAUUUAAUUUCUGUUAUGCAAUCCCUUCUAGAUGAAUCUUGCGAAGACAACUCGCGCUACUGUGAUAUUAUCAAAGUUUUCCAUUCGUGA